GGUAUCACUGUCACAAAUCAGUGUACCACCACUUCAAUACAUUUAAAGAUUCUUUAGGUUAAGAAUCGGUGUAAAUACAAACAUGCAACGACACGAUUUCAUAAUACAAAUAAUUUUAUUGCAUAUUAUAAUACUAUGUCAAAAUACAUCAGUAGUUGCAGUACAAGAGGAUCAAUAUCAAAAUUAUCCUGCUCAAGGUUUAUAUAAUGUCAGUGAUAAUGUAGUAGUAUUAAAUGAUACUAAUUUUAAAACAAGUGUCUAUGGAGAUUCUAAAGGAUGGUUAGUUGAAUUUUAUAAUAGUUGGUGUGGAUUCUGUUAUCGUUUUGCACCCACGUGGAAGGCUUUUGCAAACGAUGUUUAUCCUUGGAGAGAUAUCGUAGUUAUUGCAGCAAUAGAUUGCGCUGUAGACGACAACAAUCCUAUUUGUCGUGAAUAUGAAAUAAUGCAUUAUCCAACGCUUAAAUAUUUUCCUGUUAAUGCGCAUUCUUCUUUCAUGGGUAUAGUAGUCGAAAAAGGUGAUAAUAUUGAGGGUGUUAGAUACAAUUUGAUUAAGAGACUUGAAAAAGAACAAGAAGAGGGACGUGGUUUAACGUGGCCUAAUAUUACACCUUACAGGAAUGCAGAGAUAAAAGACAUAUGGAAGAUAGUACCUAAAACUGUAAAAUAUUUCUUUCUGUUUUUUGAGAAAACAGACUCUCAUUUGGGAACUGAAAUCAUAUUAGAUAUGCAUAAAAUUACAAGCCUACAAAUACGUAGGGUCACAUCCGACAAUGAAUUGUUAUGUGUAACAAGUCAAAUCACAAAAUUUCCAAGUAUAAGUGUAUUGAGCCAAGAAGAACCGCAAAAGCACUUAAAUAUUAGAACACCAACGAGAGAAGGUGUUAAACAAAUUAUUGGAAAUUAUAUGCGUUCAAAGGGUAUAAAUAUAGAUGAACAAAUUAUUGUCAAUCGCAAUGUUGUCUCCUUAACUGCAAAACCAGAUACAAUAAAUAAUACUAAAUCAAAUUCCCAUAAAGAGCAACAAUAUAACUCGGACAUAUUUGAAGAUCAUUUAUACCAACUAGAUUUGGAAAAUGCGCUGCGAUAUUCCAUUUAUGACGAAAUACCAAUGAAUAAAAUUAUAGAAGGAGAAAAGUUAGAGGCAUUAAAGGUAUACCUAAAUGUUGUAGCCAAAUAUUUUCCAAUGAGAUACAGUAGUGUUUUUCUCGAUGAAAUUCGUAAUGCAAUCAAUAAAAAAGAUAAGAUAUACGGGGAAGAAUUUCUUGAAUUUGUCAAAUCAACAGAGAAAAAAAUGUCACCGGUAUAUUCGGGUCCGCAACAAUGGAUUGGAUGUAAAGGAAGUAAAAAAGUAUAUAGAGGAUAUCCUUGUGGAUUAUGGACAAUGUUUCACAUGCUAACUGUUAAUUUUGGAAUGGAAAAUAAAGACAAACGUCAUUACAAUCCGAUUGAAGUAUUACGAGCCAUGUACAGAUAUAUAACCAAUUUCUUUGGUUGCACUGAUUGUGCGAGACACUUUGCAGAAAUGGCAUCGAGAAACAAAAUAUAUGAGGUACAGAAUGGAGAUGAUAAUAUAUUAUGGUUAUGGAAAGCACACAAUGAAGUUAAUGCAAGAUUGGCAGGAGAUGAAACGGAAGAUCCAGAACAUAAAAAAGUACAAUAUCCAUUAAAAGAACAAUGUUCCGAGUGCAGAUACUCGAAUGGAACUUGGAGAACGGAUCAGGUUUUAUAUUAUCUUAAAAGAAAGUACAGUUAUGCGGGAAUAAAUUAUUAUGGAUCUAGUGAAAAACAAAAUAACGUUAAAAAUAUUGAAUCGAAACUAAGACAAGGACAAUUAGUCACUAACAAAUAUUUAAGUUUUAAAAAAUUGGUUUGGGAUUUUAAUAUAUUUGAUAUAAGCAUUUGCGUUAUAUUAUACGUCACAUCCGCUACUAUACUCACACUCGUUUGCAUUAAAUUUGCUGUAAAAAGAAGUUACAGGAAAAAAACGUACAUAAAUUUACUCGGUAAAGUAUAAAUUUGUGCAAUCUGUGUAUACGUAGAAUACAUUUUUUUAAAAUAUUGUGUAUAUACACUAAACGUCUGUGUGUUCGACUGUACAUAUUAUUCAUAUUGUUUAAUAAUCUAAUAGUCUUUUUAUAUUUAUCUGAAUUUUUAUAUUAUUGACUAAACAGAUUUAAUUCUUGUACUAUCCCUGCAAGAAUGAUUUAACAAAAUUGUACAGGUCACAUGUAUUUAUAUUAUCAAAUUAUUCUUCUAAAAGUUUUAAAUUAUGCACAUUAUGAAACUUCCAAUUGUACAUUGUGAUAUUAUUUUAAACAUGAUUUUUGACUAAAUGUUUUAAUUAUUAUGUUAAGUACUCUUCCGUUAGUAUCAAAUUUAAUGCAAAAACUUCAAUGUUACAACAAUUGUAAUGAAAAUGAACGUUUAUCGAAUGAUUGUGAAUUGUAAAUACUAUUUUACAGCUGAAAUUAAAUUUUCCAAAAAAUAACAUAAAUAUAAUAA